AAACAUGGCGGCGUUUCCCGAGAAACAAUCAUAAUAUAUUUCGCGAAACUGGUUCCUGUUUGUAUCAGCAACAUUGGUUUGGUGGCUAUAACCUCGAGUAAAAGAUGAAACAGAUAUUAUGUAGUUAUCAUCAUAGGUUUUUGCUUUGUAUAAUUCUGGCUUGAGAAGUAUUUGGAACGACAUUAACUGCGGCAUUGGAAAUAUGGCAAGUUGCGAGAUAUGGCAGACGUCAGCCGGUUUUGCUCGAGUGCAAAAUAGACAUUCUGGAGGAGGAAUUCGCGUGUAUAAGGAAUAAAGAUUAUGUGUUCAACAGCAGAUAGAUGCUGGGCAUCUCCAAGAAACAAUCAGCGUCUGAACCAGACAUCCCCGCAAGAACAAACAACGUCCCAGAGCAGAGCACACAGAAAGAACCCACGACUGUCUCAUCCUACAGAAUCCGCUUUCUUAGGCAGAUUUAUUCUGUCUUUAUUGAUCUUUAUCGUAAACCUCGUUCUAUUCACAUUAUUUCUCAGUGUUGUGAUUCUUGUGGUUCCAGUGUGUUUUUUCACGAGAAAACUUAUUCUCUAUUUCAGUAUUCGGCAUUAUCGCGAUGGCAAGCUGAGCAAAAUGUCGGCUUGUGAAGCAGUUUGGCUUCAAGCAAGUUGUGUAAAUACAGCUCCGAUGUCCAAUGUUUUCUUCCUUUUUGAAGGAAGAAUUACCAUCGAUGAGCUUGAAAACUUUGUCAAAAAUAAACUUGUGCAUCAAGAAAUGUUGCUAGGAAAUUUACGAUUACUAAAAUUAAAACAGUCUCCUGUGCCGAUCUUGACUGGUUAUGGAUGGGAAGAGGUGGACAAUUUAAACGUAAACAAUUGCGUUUUUGAAUUCAGGGGAAAUUCGUCGUUAAAUCCUGAAGAUCUGAAACAAAUUAAUGAAAUGUCAAACUUCUUUGGUGGAGAAAAAUUAUGGAGAGCUGUCUUGUUUCCGAAAUUUCAUGGGAGCGAAGACACAGGGGUUUUGUUUCAAAUGCACGAAAGCAUUGCUGACAUGUUCCCCUUUGUGAGAAUUGUACUUAACUCGCUUGAUUACAAGACUGUCUUUCUCAAGAGGCAAUGCUUCUUCCUCGGACGUUUAGCCUCUUAUUUGUUUGCUAGCUUCACUGGACCACUCGUAAUUCUCAAGAGACUGCUCAUGACAAGGCAAGAAGAUUUUUGUGGGACUGAUCACGAGAGAGGGCCGCACAAUAGUGCAGACGAUACUUUCCAAGUUUAUUGGUCUGGACCAAUAGAUUUUAAAUCUGUUAAGCGGAUCAAAGAUGUUACUCGCACUGAAGUUGACAUAAUUCUACUCUCAUGUGUGGCUGGUGCUAUUCGUUCGUUCCUCCAGAAAUCCAAAAUACUAUACCCUGAUGAUGUUCGAGUCUGUAUAAGAACUGAUGUAAGACCUCAGCAUUCCAGACUCAAGCUAGACAACAAAUUUUCCAUGGCUUUUAUCAAACUACCAGUUGGCACAGAAGGUGCUGUGCCUCGACUUUGGGAAACCAGACGCAGAAUAGACAACUUUUCUUUUACUCUUGAAAGCACGAUCAUGUAUGGCUUCAUCAAGCUAUGUCUUCUUCUAUUUCCCCUGUCUGUCGUAAGGAGUCUCAUAAACUACCUGCUAAACAAGGUUUCAUGUACUGUAACACAAAUUCCUGGGCCCAACAUGCCAGUUUAUAUGAAUGGCAAAAUGACCAAGAUGAUGACGUGCUGGACUCCGAGAAAGACACAGAAUGGUUUGUCAGUCUCUAUCACAAAUCAUAGCGGACAGAUUUACGUCGGUUUGGUUACUAGACACUCCCAAAUUAACGACCCCUCUCUGUUACUGGCAGAUUUUGAGAGAGAGGUGGCCGAUUUAGGCAACCACUUGGGUAAAAGAGCAUUGCCAUCCCAUCUGCGAUGGCGCCUCAAAGUGGAUCAACAACUGGUCAACGCAGUUAAUGAGGAAAGAGAAAGAGGAGAAAGGGAGGCCUUAGAAAAUGAAUUGGUUUGAGUGUAAGUGAAAUGCUAUGCUUGAAGAUUCUUGUAAAUUUCAUGACAGCGUACAUUCAGUAGUUUGUAGCUCUGAAAACGACCUGCUUGUGAAGUUCUUUCAAUUAUGUUCAUAACGACUCUCGCUCCUGAAAGUUUUUCGAUCGAUUGUUAAAUCAGGAAAGGAAAAUCUGACGUUAUCGUUACCGCUUUUUAUGUGCUUCAUGAAAGAGACAAAUAUUCUCCAUUCUCUUCUCUAUACUUUUCCUUUAUUUAGCAAUGACGGAGAGAAUUCGUUUAGCAAUCAAAGCCGGCUUCUUAGGUUUGCGAUCAUUUCGUGUAUUCGAUCCUAAUAAAUGAUUCAACAGUUUUACUGCCAGCAGAAAUUAGAUGCUGGUCGCUGUUGGCGUUUAAAGGGUUAACCUAAGAUUUAUCGAUUUCACCAAUUUUAUUUAAUUUGGCCUCGGUGGUUUUUUUUUUCAUGGUCAUGGCCGGGGAAGAAGAAAAUGAACGUUUAGUCUAUAUUUUACCGUUGUUGAUUCGUUAUAACAUAAUAUCGUUCGUGAAUAAGAAGAUUAAUAAGACUAUUAAAUUUAUAAAUCUACAUUAAUAUAUAAAUCUACAUAAGUCACAGGCUUCCAUUUCUUCUUUUAAAAAUAAGAUAAAGUAUUUCUUCUUUGAAAGGCUUAAAUUGGUAUUUGAUGGAGACAACAUUCGUUCAUAUAAGUUAAUUUGUCCUAAAUGUCGUAAAGUUAAUCGUAUGAAUAUUUGUAGUUGCUAAUUGUUGUUACUUUUUCUCUUUUCUUAUGUAAAAAAAAAAAAUGGGUACUUUGGGUUGGGAUCAGUUUUCCACUUUUCUCUUUCAUACUCGGGGUUGGGUUUGGGUGUUAAUAUUUUAUAGGGGACCUAGAGUCCUAUUAUAUUAUCACCUGCCCUCGGGCGAAUCAUUAAAUAAAUAAAUAAAUAAAUACAUGUCAAUUAUGAAAAUCUUUACAAGUAUAGUCGUAACAAAGGUCACUUAAGAAUCAAUUAAUUUAUAUCGUGUAAUAUAUAUAUAUAUAUAUAUAUAUGUAAAAACUUACAACAAAUACUAUGCAUAUCCAGAAAGUGAUGAUUAAUUCUUUAAAAGCAUGAUUUCUAUAUUAUGUUUAAGGAUUUAACAUUGGCGACGUUGUCUCAAGUUGUGAGGCCUUCGUGUAGGGGAAGAAAAUGUCCAGAAGUAAGACUGAAGUUUUUUUUAGAAGUCUUUCAAUGGGUUAGCUGAGGGGUAGUUCUCCCGGGGAAUUCUUGUAAUUAAGAAAAUAUAGACAGGCUCUCUCACUCUUUGCCGCCUUGUUGUAAAUUAACAAAGUUGAGAUCUGUGCCUCUGCCGUAGUUUAAAAGAUUAGAGGUCAAUUUUUUAUUAUUGGUACAAACGUAGGACUUAAAUAUCGAUGUUAAGUAUGUUAUGGUUGAAACAUCAUAUCUUCUGAAUCAUCGACAGAUUUUUGCCUGCUUUGGCUUUGGUUAAUUUCUAGAAGCUCACAGUAUGUUUCUUUAAAUCUGAUUGCCUUUUGACGUGACCCUUGAGAUAAUAUCAGGUUGUUUUGUACUUAGUAAAUCAAAGAGAACCUGCA